UCUUCAUUAUCCAAAACAACUCCAAGAAAUCUUCUAUUAUAAUUAAUAUUAAACAAAACAAAUGACGCGAUUGACAUUAUGAGGCCAUUUAAUUAAUUAACUGAAUGUUUAUAUUAUCAUAUAAAAUAGUACUACAAUAGACUAGCUACACUUCAUGUUUGUAUUAUAAGGGCAGUCCUUUAAAAAUGAUUCAAAAAGUUGCAAUAGUUACGGGUGCAAAUGGUGGCCUUGGCUAUGGUAUCGUCAAUGGAUUGUGUAAGCGUGGUGUUAAAAAAGUGUAUUUAACGGCACGUGAUGAAAAACGAGGCUUAAAUGCGGUUGAUAAAUUGAAUCGCGAGAAUUAUAAUACUGUAUUCCAUCAACUUGAUAUUACAGAUGAAGUAAGUGUUAAGAAAUUUGCGGAUUAUAUAAAGAUAGAAAGAAUUACUAUCGAUAUUCUUGUUAAUAAUGCAGCAGUCAUUUGUAAAAACUUAACUGUGAUUGAUUAUGAAGACGCAAAGCGAGUUAUAAAUGUAAAUUUCUAUGGUGUUCUUAAUGUUGAAAAAUAUUUGUAUCGUUUCUUGAAUAAUGACGCUCGAGUAAUUAAUAUAUGUAGUGAUACAGGUCAUCUAUCACAGCUAAGGAAUAAAUUUUGGGUUGAAAAAUUAUCCAAAGAAGAUCUUACAUUUAACGAUAUUGAAGAAUUUAUUACGUGGUUUUUGAACUCAGUGAAAAGUAAUACUUUGAGGAUGGAAGAUUUUAGAUGGAAAUAUUAUUUACCAUACGCAAUAUCAAAAAUGGCACUGUGUGCGUAUACAAGGGUGCAACAAAAGCACAUUGGAAGAGGAAUUUCUAUAAACUCACUUCAUCCAGGAUUUGUAAAAACACCAAUGACAAAAGGAACUGGUAUGUUAUCGCCUGAAGAAGCUUCUGAUGCACCAAUUUUUUUAGCUUUAGAUGCUGAUCAGUCAGUCAAAGGAAAAUACAUUUGGUUUGAUAAAUCCGAGAAAGAUUGGGCCAAUACUUCUUUGGUAUUUGACUAUGUGGAUUUAAACGCAUUUAAUGAAUUUCUGAAUAAAAUGAAUAAUAAGCAAUAGUGUCAAUAGAUGAUAGUGUCUCCUCU